AGGAGGAGGAGGAGGUAGGGUGGAUGCGCAGGAAAAUGCGGCUCAUCGGCGCGGAGGCGGCUUGGAACGACGAGCACGCGAAGAUCGUCUCGGGAUUUCUUCACCAGAAUGAGAAUUCCAGGCUCUUUUGCUACCUGGAUUCGUCAGGGCAGCUUCAUUGCACGCCGACGCUGCCUUCCAGAUGGAACGAGGUUCUUGUGUUUAUGCGUGACACAACGCAACCUUUUAAAGCGCGUAGCAUCCAGAAGCUCGUCCAGUGCCAGGUGAUCAAUGGAAGCCCGGGCGAUGCAAUGCUUCGCUUGAUGCAGGACAUGUAUCUUCCACUUAUGCUGGAAGAUGACACAUUGCGAGCCAACAUCACCAAAGACUUUGCCGGAGAGCUUGACAAGUUCAUGGCUACUUUGACAGAGUCUUUGUUCGAGGCAAAGGGUCAGACGAUUUUGUACAUUCCUCCGGUGCGGCUGAUGGACUUCGUCGGGAAUCAAGCUCCUGACAAAGAAUUGGCUCAGCGACUGGAGUCCAUUGUGAUUCGAUGGACUCGACAGAUUAAAGAGGUUAUUAGGAAUCAGGAGCGGUUCUCCGAAGUGGAGAUAUCCGGACCUUUAGCAGAAGUGGAGUUUUGGAGACGGCGUAGUAUCGACUUAAGUGGGAUUCGGGAGCAAAUAAAUCAUUCAGGUGUAGCUGCGAUUUUGAAAAUUCUUGAGAAACUCAAAUCUGCGUACCUUUCUCCGUUUUCUAGUUUAUCUAGAAAGAUCGAGCAAGAAGCUGUUGUUGCAGAAGAGAACUUGAAAUUCCUAGUGACGAUAGAGGAUCCUUGCAAGGAACUGGGAGCAGCAAAAAUUGUCGACAUUCCAUUUGCUCUGCCGAAGUUGCUGAAGUGCAUCCGGAUGAUCUGGAAGAUCAGUCCGUUCUAUAACACAGAUGAGAAAAUUAGUGGUCUCUUCGCCAAGGUUAGUAACGAGAUAAUAAGCAGGUGUUCUGCGGGCAUCCCUCUGUCAGAGAUUUUUGAUGGGGACGUGGAUAAGUGCAAAAAGGCUCUUCUUGAGAGCGUCCAAGCCUGUGAAUCGUGGAAGCACAUGUACGUAGCCAUGAUGAGGGCUGCAGCGGCACACGAUGGUGAAUUCAAGGACGACAACGAGCUUGUCGAUCGAAGUGUUUUCGCUGCAGUCGAAGCGUUCCUGCAACGGUGUCGGGAUAUGCUGGAGGUUUGUGAUGCGCAAAGACAGUUUUCAACGCGAAUGAAGUUGCCAGUCUUUGGAGGAACAAGAGGUUUAGAGAUUACCAAGUCGAUGUUCGAGCUUCAGGACACAUUUCAAAAACUUGUCUCGGGGUUGCGCUCGCUUUCGUAUAACUUGCUCGACGUGAGAGUGACACGGUGGCACGACGAUUUUGCAAAGUUUAAAAGUGGGAUUCAAGAUCUUGAGGUACUGAUGCAAAAUAUUAUGUCCCUCGCGUUUCGUCAUUCGUCUUCAUUGCCGGAAAGCAUAGAGUUGCUGGAGGCAUUUAAGUUACUGGCGUGUAGGGAAUCUAUAUGCAAGUGCGUUGACAGAAUGGGAUCUCAGGUAUGUCAAGCAUUUAGUAUGGAGUUAAUGAUUAUGAAGAAGCAGUUCGAUCAACUUCGUAGACGUCCUUUGAUGGACUAUGCUUUGCCGCGAUUUGCCGGUGGAGCUACUUGGGCUUUGCAGUUUCAACGUCGACUUAAGAAGCCUAUGAUGCUUUUAACCAAUGCGGCGCCGUAUUUGCUCGAAACUCCAGAUGCUGCUGACAUUCACACGCAAUUUUCUCAAAUAAUGGCUUCGAUCGAACAGUUUGUACAGAACCAGCAUGCUGAAUGGACAGCCAGUGUUGAUCCUCUUCUUCCAAAAAGGCUUGAAAGAAGCUUGCUGGAGGAUGGUGGCGAUGGAUUUUACGUUCUAAAGUUCGAUCCUCAACUGCUUGCUAUCUACCAGGAGGUUCAUUACUGGAAAUCCCUUGGCUGGGAUGUCCCGGAAGUAGCUACAAGCUUCAUUGAAGAUAAUAAAGAUCUUUGCGUUCUUCGAGCUAAUGUUCUCAUAGUGAUCCGUGACUGUAAUAAGAUGAUUGAUAAUUUGGAUACUGAAGAAGGAGGACUAAUAGCUGAGCACGUUGUUCGGCUUAGAAACAGCAUCAGUCCAGCCUUGGAUAGGCUUACGUGGACUUCUUCUGCACACGAGCUCGAGCAUUUUCUACAAGAGGUUCGCUUUAAAAAUCAUGUCCUCUUUGCAUCAACAGCGCUCUUUCGAGCGGCGAAGAGAAAGAUCAAUCAGAUUUGUAAUUCGAUCAGUGACUCGUGGUUAAUCAGCAUCGACAAGAAACGAAUAUAUGACUUGGCAGAGUUUUCAUCCAAGCAAGUUGAGCACCGCGGUAUCAUGCGAGGCCGUUUUGAGAAGGCUUACCUCAGCAUCAAAGAUACGAUUGCUCUCUCUAACAAGAAAUGUGCAAGCGAUAUGGUUGAAGUACAUAAUAAGUGGGAAGAUUAUAACAAGAAGGUGGAAGUCUUCAUGGAAAAUUCACUAAGAAAUUGUGUGACAAAAUCCUUGAAUGAACUAUCCAACGCUCUGAACGCUGAUACGAAGUCCUCUACGCCAAUGUUUAAUGCCAUUGGAGUACUGGAUAAAGGAACAGGGCGCGUUAAGCUUAUGCCAUCGGUGCAGGAACUUUUGGAGAUGAUACAAAUCGUUGCUAGAGAACUUGUCACUGUCAUUUCCGUAGUUCCUCGUUUGAGGAAACAAGCCAGCUUUCAAGAAGCGCUUCCUAGCUUUUAUGAGGUCAUCGGUCCCGAUCAAGAGGAGAUCCUUAUGAUGAUCACCGCUGGUGUAAUUGGAAUAACUGAUAAAGUUCAGCACUACCUUCAGUACUGGGAAAAGAAAUACAGAAGCAUUUGGGACCAAGACAAGGACGCGUUUAUACGAAGGUACGAGCGAGCAAAGAAACCACUUUCUGCUUUUGAAAGUGACAUUGUAAAGUAUCGAGAUCUGCAGGAAGAUGUGCAGGGUGAAGAAGGCAUAACGAACUUGAGAUUUUUGCGUAUUGACUGUGGUCCUUUGAAACAAGCGAUCAUAUCGCAUUGCGUGGCCUGGGUCUCCAAAUUUACAACGUUGCUCAAUACGAUAGCUAAAACAGAGUUGGAGUCUAUCUAUGCGUACAUGGAAAAGAACAAGCAGCAACUUAAAAGAAAACCUGAGACUCUCGAUCAGCUCACAGAAACUGUCAAUGAAUGGAGAGCUGUGGUGGACGAAAGAUCUGCCAUGGAAGCCAAGUUCACUCCUAUAGAUGAGAAGUACGAUACACUUUUCAAGUUUGAGGUUAUGAUACCCGAUGAUGAAAAACUGCUCCUAGAAAAUUUACCAGUGGAAUGGGAAGCAUUUCAAACUAUGCUUCAAGAAUUGGAAGGAGUACUAGAGCAGUAUAAGGCUGGUUUCUAUGAAACUAUUUGCAAGAUGGUGGAGACCUUCGUUAAAGAGGUUUCGGAGACCAGAGUGUCUUUUGUCGAUCGUUAUCCUACUACUACGGCGACAUCUAUUCCCGAUGCAGUAAAAUUCAUUGAAGAAGAGGCUGCUAAGGUUGAAGUUUUUCAGCAACGAUCGCAGAGUCUUUGGGCAGGCAUGAGCAUUUUUGGAAUGGAGAAACUGUCGAAUAAAGAUAAUGCUGCUACACUUAAAGAAUUGGAGCUACUGAAGGGAAUGUGGUUCCUCAAACGGGAAUGGCAGGAAGCCUUCGACAGUUGGAAGGAUUGUCUUUUCAGUGAGCUUGAUGCUGCCUCCAUGGAGUCCUCUGCGUCAAUCUUUAGCAAGCGUGUCUUCAAGAUUGGACGCGACACCAAAGGAUGGCCGGUGUGGCAAGACCUCAAGGAAACGAUUGAUGCUUUUAAAUCAACUCUCCCCCUUACAGUCGACUUGAGAAAUCCUGCAAUGAGGUUGCGACAUUGGGAGCAGUUGAUGGAAACUGUUGGCCAAAGAUUUGAUCCAUAUUCUAGCACCUUCACGCUUGCUAAGGUUGCUGAGUUGCGUCUUGAUUUACAUGGAGAAGCAAUAUGCGACUUAAGUAGCAUGGCGAGCAAAGAGCUUGCAAUAGAGGAAUCCAUUAUAAAAAUCAAAGAAGUGUGGGAGACAAUGGAGCUAGAUAUGGGAAUCUAUCGCGAUGCUCCGAGGAUUUACAAGCUCAAAAGCACUGAAGAUGUUUUUGCUGUUUUAGAAGAGCAUAGAGUGUCUUUGUCUUCAAUGAAGGGAAAUCGGGCACAUUUGUUCUUCGCGAAAGAUAUCAACCAGUGGGAGCGCACUCUUAGUCUUGUCUCAGAAACCAUAGAGAUGGUGGUGCAGGUUUCACGGUCCUGGGCAUACCUGGAAAAUAUAUUUGUUGGUUCUGAAGACAUUCGGAAGCAACUGCCUGCGGAGACUGCCAUGUUCGAUGGAGUUAACACAGUGUUCAUUGCUGCAUUGGAGGGUUUAUAUGUCAACAAACUAGUCACAAAAGCACUUACUGUAAAAGGCUUGCUCGAGUCUUUGAUGGACAUGGAGGCCAAGCUGGAAAAGAUCCAGAAGUCACUGGAGGACUAUCUAGAACAGAAGCGGCAGCAAUUCCCUCGCUUCUACUUCCUUUCUAGCGAUAACCUUUUGGAGAUUCUUGGUCAAGCAAAAGAUCCGCGCAAUGUUCAGCCACAUUUCAAGAAGUGCUUCGAGGGAAUAAAGAGGCUGGAAAUGCAUGCUCCAGGAGAGGAAGGACGACGACAAUACGAUACGACUGGAAUAUUUUCUCCGGAUGGAGAAUAUCUUCCUUUCUCAGAUCUUAUCAUUUUAAACACACCGCCAGAGGAGUGGCUUAACAGAGUAGAAGCGGCCAUGACAACGGCUGUAAAAGUUUAUCUGCGAAAAGCGCUCGAGGACAGUAAACUUGCGAAGAAAGACAAAUGGGUUAAAGAAAAUGCAGGACAAUGCAUUAUCACUGCGGGUCAGAUAAAAUGGACAGCAGAUUGUGAGAAGGCACUAGCAGGAGCGGAAACUAACAAAACAUCAGUUCGCAAACUAAUGAAAAAGUGGCUGAGUUACCUAAACAAGCUUACAGACAUGACUCGCUCCCGGCUUUCAAAAAUCGACCGGAACAAAGUUACAUCUCUGAUUACUAUCGAAGUGCAUGCGCGAGAUGUCAUUGAGAAGCUUAUGAAAGUUGGCUGCUCGUCGCCAAACGAUUUCGAAUGGGCGUCUCAGCUACGGUUCUACUGGGAGAACGAUGACUGUGCAAUCAGACAGGUGUUAUCCGUGUUCUCUUAUGGUUACGAGUAUCAAGGCAACAACGGUCGACUUGUUAUUACACCCUUGACUGAUCGAUGCUACAUCACCCUUGGUGCGGCAUUGUUUACCCGGCGAGGAGGAAAUCCUUUAGGUCCUGCAGGAACAGGGAAAACUGAGACUGUCAAGGACUUCGGAAAAGCUCUUGCUAGAUACGUUAUUGUGUUUAACUGCUCAGACGGAGUUGACUACAAAAUGACUGGAAAGAUGUUUGCCGGAUUAGCGCAGACUGGAGCCUGGGCCUGUCUCGACGAGUUUAAUCGUAUUGAGGUGGAAGUGUUGUCUGUCGUUGCCACACAGAUCGCUUGUGUUAUGGCAGCUAUCAAGGCAGAACUAAAGCGCUUUGUUUUCGAAGGUGUUGAAAUGCGCCUGAUCAAGACAUGCGGGAUAUUUGUGACGAUGAAUCCUGGAUAUGCCGGUCGUAGUGAACUGCCAGAGAACUUAAAAGCUAUGCUCCGGCCCGUUUCUAUGAUGGUUCCUGACUUCACUCUCAUUGCUGAAAACAUGCUUUUCAGUGAGGGAUUUCGCUCGGCUAAGGCGCUGGCUAAAAAACUGGUCGCCAUUAUGGAGCUUUCACAGAGACAACUCUCGAAGCAAGACCAUUACGAUUACGGUUUGAGGUCUUUCGUUAUUCCAAUCGCAAGAGCUGCUGGAGCAACAAAACGAGUUGAUCCCGAGAUGGUGGAAGACGUUAUUCUUAUGGCUUCUAUGAGGGACUUAAUCAUGCCAAAGCUUAUCUACGCAGACAUUCCACUGUUCAACGCGCUUCUCACGGAUCUCUUCCCUGGAGUCGAUUUACCACCCAAGGAAAACGACGUGCUCAAGCGUGCUUUGGAGCAAGAGCUGCUGGCGAAAGGGUUACAAGUAGUGAACGCAUUUGUUUUGAAGAUCAUUCAGCUCUACGAUUGCAUGUUGGCAAGACACGGAAAUAUGUUGGUAGGCCGAACAGGCUCUGGAAAGACAGAGUCUUGGAGAGCUCUUCAGCGUGCCUCCGGGCGUCUCAAAAAGGAAGGUGUCGAGAAUUUUGAGAGAGUCCACGUUUACAUAAUGAACUCUCUCGCGCUAUCCAACGAUGAGAUCUACGGAGUUUUUAGCAAGCUGACAAACGAAUGGGUGGACGGGGUCCUUGCCAACAUUAUGCGAAACGUCUGCGCUGACGAGACAUCAGAUAACAAGUGGAUGAUGUUCGAUGGCCCGGUGGACACCUUGUGGAUCGAGUCUAUGAAUACGUUGUUAGACGACAACAAAAUUCUUACGCUGCUGAACGGAGAGCGUAUAUCUAUGCCGAACGUGGUCUCCUUGGUCUUUGAAGUGGAGGACUUGUCACAAGCAUCACCGGCUACUGUGAGUCGAGCAGGAAUGAUAUAUUUGAAUGUAGAAGACUUGGGAUGGUGGCCAUUUGCGGAAUCAUGGUUACAACGUAAAGUUGCUGCUGGUGCUGAUCAGAUAUUGAUCAAGACAGUACGCAGUUUACUUGAGAAGUAUAUAGACUCUGGAAAUGCAUUUCGUAAAAAGAAGUGCAGAGAGACAGUAGCCAUUGACAACUUGAAUGGUGUGGCAAGCUUCUGCAAGCUGUUCGAUGCACUAGCAACUUUUGAAAACGGUGUCUCUAAACAUGAAGGAGACCAGUACGUUCCUAUGAUCGAGAAUUGGUUCCUAUUCAGCAUAAUCUGGUCUAUAGGAGCCAGUGUUGACGAGGAAGGGCGGAAGGCCUUUGACAUGUACAUACGAGAUUCUGAUCCAAGAUUUCCUGCUGCUGGAACAGUGUAUGACUACUUCGUGGAUCCAAAGAAGAAGGGAUUUACUCCCUGGGAAGAAAAGCUGUCUACCGCGUACAAAAUUCCUGUGGGAGCACCCUUUUUCAAAAUUCAAGUUCCAACAGUUGACACGGUGAGAACAAGCUAUGUAAUCAAAACGCUUGUGGCAGCAAGGAGGCAUUCUAUGAUUGUUGGAAGAGUAGGGGUCGGAAAGACUUUGAUUUCUCAAUCAGUUUUGCGCGCCCUUCCAGAAGGCUUUGGUCCGAUGAUCAUCAACUUUUCUGCACAGACUUCUUCAAACAGCUUACAGGAUACCAUUGAAGGUAGGCUCGAGAAGAGAACCAAAGGAGUGUUUGCCCCCGCUGGCGGAAAGCGGCUAGUCUGUUACCUGGAUGACUUCAAUAUGCCUAAGAAGAGUCAGUUCGGUUUUAUACCGCCAUUGGAACUCCUAAAACUCUGGAUGGACAAUGGUUUCUGGUACGAUCGUCAAAAGCAAGAGGUGAAGCAUGUUAAGGAUAUGCAAUUGCUUGCUGCCAUGGCUCCACCUGGUGGUGGUCGGAACUUUAUUUCUCAGCGCGUUCAAGCCUGUUUCUCACUGGUGAACCUGACAACUCCGAAUGACCAACAAAUGAAGCGUAUUUUCGGAGCUAUUCUUACUGCAAAACUUUUAACUUUUGAGGAUGAAGCAAGGCUUCUGGGUGAUAAUUUGAUCAACACGUGUAUCGAGCUGCACAACAAUAUAUGCCAGGAGCUGCUGCCUAUACCGAGCAAAAGUCAUUAUGUUUUUAACAUGCGUGACCUUGCGAAGGUUAUCCAAGGGCUACUUCAGGCCAACAAAGCCUUGUACGUCAGCAAGGACAUAAUGUUGCAGUUGUUUUGCCACGAGUGCUUCCGGGUUUAUGGUGAUAGAAUGUGGGACAAAGGGGACAAAGCAUGGCUUCAGGACCAACUAGAUCAAAAGCUCAAAAAUAACUUCAGUACCGAGUGGAAAAGCUUGUUUGGAGACCAGGUUCCCGUGUUUACAAGUUGCAUGCAACCCGGGGAGGAGCUCAUAUACGAGCCUAUUCCAAGCUUUCCAAUUUUAAAAGAAAACCUGGAGGAAUAUUUGGAGGAGUGCAAAUUGCAGCCAGGCGCUGUUGGAAUGGAUUUGGUGCUCUUUCGCGAUGCAAUGGAGCACGUAUGUCGAAUCCACAGAGUCUUAAAGCAGCCGAGAGGUAACAUACUCCUGGUUGGAGUUGGCGGCAGUGGAAGAAAGUGUCUUACUAGACUAUCGGCUUUUAUUGCGGAUAUGAAGGUGUUCACUAUACACGUUGUGAAAAACUACGGCUCGGUACAGUUUCACGACGAUCUUAAAGUUCUGUAUCAACAAGCUGGUCUAGGCGAAAACAAGAUGCCGGUUGUGUUCUUGUUUGACGAUACUCAAGUUGUGGUGGAAACAUUCCUUGAGGAUAUUAACAACAUUUUGAGCUCGGGAGAGGUUCCUAAUUUGUUCACAAAGGACGACUUGUCAACAGUUUUUGAUUCAAUUCGUCCCAUUGCAAAAAAAGAAAACGCUGGUGAAACUGACGACGAGCUUUAUGCAUUCUUCAUUGAGCGAGCUCGAGCAAGUCUUCAUGUCGCUCUCUGUUUAAGUCCUGUUAGUGGAGCCUUCCACAGAAGACUUAUGAUGUUUCCAGGCCUGGUGAAUUGUACAACAAUUGACUGGUUUCUGGAUUGGCCUGAAGACGCUCUUCAUGAAGUCGCUAUAAAGCUGAUGGCCGAUGAGGAAAAUGUUGCUGCUGCAGUGAAGACAAAUAUCUGCAAGAUAUUUGUGAUCAUUCACAAAUCAGUGAUUAUUAUAUCGACAAAAAUGUAUGCGCAGCUCAAAAGGAGGAACUAUGUCACACCAACAAGUUACCUUGAGUUUGCUAAAGGAUAUCGAAAGCUUAUUGCUGAAAAGAAGAAGCAGCUGGCUGAUAACGCUGCAAAACUACGUGGCGGUCUUCAUACUUUGAAUGAGACACGGGAACAAGUGGCAGCAUUGCAAAUUGUCUGCCAGGAUAAAAAGGUUAUUGUGGCACAAGCAAAGAAGGACUGUGAGGAAAUUCUUGUGGAGAUUGUGCAAGAAAAACGUGUUAUCGAUGAUCAAGAAAAACAAGUCAAUGAAGAAGCAGCUAAGAUUGAGAAAGAGGCAAAGAUAUGCAACGCAAUCGCUUCUGAUUGUCAGCAAGACCUCGAUAAAGCUAUGCCAGCACUAAUGGCUGCAGAAGAAGCGCUGAAUGUCUUGACCAAGAAAGAUCUUAGCGAAGUGAAGGCAUAUGCGAAACCACCAGCUUUGGUGGAGUUGACGUUGGGAGCUGUCAUGACAGUGCUGAAAAAACCCCCGACCUGGGACGAGGCAAAAAAGCAACUCGGAGACUCACAAUUCCUCACAAAUCUUCUGAAAUAUGACAAAGACCAACUUGUCGAUGCGCUGUUAAAAAAGAUCAACAAGUAUACUGCAAAUCCCGACUUCACUCCUGACAUCAUCGGGAAAGUCUCAGGGGCUGCUCGCGGUCUUUGCCUUUGGGUCCGUGCCAUGGAGUCAUAUGGCCACGUUGCCAAAGAAGUGGCUCCCAAAAAGGCGAAACUAAAAUCUGCUCAAGACGCACUGAAGAAACAAAUGGACGCUUUGCAAGCUGCGAGGAACACCUUGGAAGAAGUGAGAAUGAAGCUCCAGGUUCUGAAAGACAAGUAUGACAAGUCAAUGAACACGAAAGAGACGCUUCAGCGGGAAGCAGACGACCUCGAGGUGAAACUUAUACGAGCUGAAAAGCUCGUGAAUGGUUUGGCUGGCGAGAAAGAUAGGUGGGAAGCAUCCAUCAAAUCUUUUGAAGAGCAAAUAAGUAAGCUCCCUGGAGAUUGUCUUGUUGCGGCGGCGUUUCUAUCGUAUGCUGGACCUUUCUCGUCCGAAUAUCGAGAUGAGCUUGUGAACAAAACAUGGAUGGCUGAGGUCGUGAAGCUAGAGAUUCCUUCCUCGGCAGAUUUUAACUUCUGCAACUUUCUAGCCAAUGCUGGCGAUGUUCGAGAAUGGAACAUUCAAGGCCUUCCCGCAGAUUCGUUCUCUACAGAGAACGGUGUAGUCGUCAUGCGAAGUAAUAGAUGGCCCUUGAUGAUCGAUCCGCAGGAACAGUCAAAGAGGUGGAUUAAGAACCUUGAAGCUAGCAACGGGCUUGUUGUCAUGGAUUUGCAAACUGAUAACCUGAUGCGCACUAUGGAAGACUGCAUUCAAAGUGGAACUCCUGUGCUGCUGGUAGACAUCAUGGAAGAAAUUGAUCCGUCGAUAGAACCUGUCCUUGCGAAAGCUUUUAUACAACGAGGAAAUAGAGUUUUCCUGAGACUGGGCGAUAAGGAAGUUGACUAUCAUCCGAGAUUUAAAUUGUACAUCACAACAAAGUUGUCGAAUCCGCAUUUCUCACCUGAAACAUCGACGAAAACAACCAUUAUCAACUUUGCUGUCAAAGAAGCAAGCUUGGAGGCGCAACUGCUGACGCUGGUUGUUCAGAAAGAAAGACCAGAUCUAGACAAGCAAAGAAACGAACUUAUUAUUCAGGUGACAAACGGUAAACGGACCCAGGCGGAGUGCGAGGAUAAUAUUUUGCGUCUUCUUUCGUCUGCGACUGGGCCACUUCUUGAGAACCUCGAGCUGAUAGAAACUCUGGACAAGUCAAAAGUUACAUGGGAAACGGUCAAAGUAUCUCUGGAGGUAGCAGAAGUUACUGCAAAGAGCAUUGAAGUUGCUAGUGCAGCUUAUAAAACUGUUGCCGAGCGAGCUUCGCUUCUCUACUUUCUGCUCAACGAACUGGUGGCAAUCGAUCCCAUGUAUCAAUUUUCUUUGGAGGCUUACACGGUUUUGUUCGUCAUCUCCAUUGCACGGGCGCCUAAGUCCGAGAACUUGAGCGAGCGAAUCAAGGCCUUGAUUGAGUACCACACUUACGCAGUUUAUAAAUAUACCUCUCGCGGUUUGUUUGAAAAGCAUAAACUCCUCCUUUCGCUCCAGAUCUGUGCAAAAAUUUUGCAAGCAUCAAAUGUCAUUUCAAAUGAAGAGUGGCAGUUUUUCCUGAGGGGCGGUACAGUUCUCGACAGAUCAUCUCAGCCGCCAAUUCCGGCACCAUGGAUCUCAGAACAGGCGUGGGAUGAUGUGACAGAGCUUUCCAAAGCCAUUCCUCACUUCGAAAAGCUGGCCGCGAGCCUAGAACAGGAGCGAGGUAAAUGGGAGCAAUGGUAUAAAGUUGCGGAGCCGGAGCAAAUAGAGCUGCCUGGUGACUGGGAGGACAAAUGCAAUGACUUGCAGCGUCUGAUUAUUUUACGGUGCUUCCGACAGGAUCGUCUAAUUUUUUCGAUCACAACAUACGUUUCGAGUCUUUUGGGUCAGAAAUUUGUUGAGCCACCAAUUCUGGACUUAGCAGAAUCUUAUAGCGACUCGUCACCUGUGAACCCGCUUCUCUUUAUUCUCUCAGCUGGUGUGGAUCCUACAACCGGUCUUCAACAGUUUGCUCAGACAAAAGGCAUCCAAGACAAGUUUCAUGCGGUGGCCUUGGGACAGGGACAGGGUCCUGUUGCAAUCAGGCUGAUCAACGAAGCAGCAAAAGCUGGCGGCUGGGUAUUCCUUGCGAACUGCCAUCUUAUGACCAAAUGGCUGCCUACGCUUGAGAAGGUUCUUCAGGGCCUGGAAAAGAGUAAGCCGAAUGAAACGUUUAGGCUUUGGCUUUCUAGCGCACCGAGCUCGGAAUUCCCCAUUUCUAUCCUUCAACGUAGCGUUAAAAUGACAGCAGAACCUCCAAAGGGUCUGCGAGCUAACCUUACCAGGCUCUAUAAUCAAACGACAGAAGAGUCGUUCUUUGCGUGCAAAACACAGCACAAGUACCAAAAGCUUUUCUUUGCACUCGCUUACUUCCACAGCGUGCUUCUCGAGCGUAGAAAGUUUGGGACACUGGGCUUUAACAUUCCAUACGAUUUCAACGACACGGAUUUUCAAGUCUCAGAUGAUUUGCUUAAAACGUACCUGGACGAGUACGAGAUUACUCCUUUCGAUGCUCUCAAGUUUUUGAUAUCUGAAGCCAACUACGGUGGUCGAGUCACUGACGAGCUCGACCGCCGUGUCCUCGCUUCUUACCUCAAUCAGUUCUACUGCGAAGAGGCCCUCGCAAACCAAAAUUAUCAGCUUUCUUCUAUUCCCGUUUAUCACAUCCCUGAUGAUGGAACUCUGCAGAGUCACAAAGAGUUUAUACAGACGCUCCCGACUGUCGACAAACCGGAGGCCUUUGGCCAGCAUGGCAACGCUGACAUUGCCUCUCAGCUCGCUGCCAGUAAAAUCGUCCUGGAGACUAUCACGAGCUUGCAACCGAGGGUGGCCACCAGUAAAGGCGGCCUUAGCACCGAAGAAAUGGUUGGAAACGUUCUUGCCGAUCUCAUCCAACAGAUACCCGAACCAUUCGACUUGGCUGAUAUACAAGCACAAAAAGCGCACGAUCCAUCAGCAUUGCACACUGUUCUUUUCCAGGAGCUUGAGAGAUACAACAUUCUUCUCAAAAAUAUGCGUGAAUCAUGUUUGACUUUGGAGAAGGCUGUGCAAGGUCUUGUAUCAAUGUCUCCGGACUUGGAGCUUAUGUUCAACGCACUUGCUGAAGCAAGAGUGCCUGCACAAUGGCUCAAAGCGUAUCCUUCUUUAAAACCUCUGGGCCCUUGGACAAGAGACCUCUUGCAAAGGAUAAUUGAAUUGAAGAACUGGGCAGAGAGGACGUACCCUCUCGUAUAUUGGCUCGCUGGAUUUACGUAUCCCGCUGAUUUUCUUACUGCUGUUCUUCAGACAACAGCAAGAAGAAACUUGAUACCAGUCGAUACUUUGACUUGGGAAUUCACUAUCAUCAACAAGGAGGAGAGUGAUAUUCAGGAGCCGCCAAAAGAAGGAAUUUACGUGAAGGGACUGUUCUUGGAAGGAGCAGGAUGGGACUCGAAAAACGAAUGCUUGACAGAACCAAAGCCGAUGGAACUGAUAGUGCCAAUGCCUAUCAUUCUUUUCAAACCGGUUGUCAACAAGAAAAAAGUUCCAAAGGGCCUCUACAUGUGCCCUCUAUUUCUCUAUCCCAUUCGCACGGGAACGAGAGAAAGGCCGAGUUUUCUGCUCAACGUCGCGUUGAAGACUGGAAACGCCAGUCCAGACCACUGGGUGAAGCGUGGCACAGCGCUCCUCUUGUCACUGGCAGUGUGAAAAAUCCUUCUGUACA